UUGCCUUGAGGGGGGCUCUCAAUAGUGCCGAAUUGCUAGGUAAUCUUCCGGCGAGGUCGACGGUGCGGCGGGCUCGCGAAGGCGGCCAUCUUUUGUGGGGUGUUUAAUCGUAAGGCACCAUUGUUUUAGGGCAAAAAUCUCAUCUUUUGCGACUUUCUGUGGGAUCUUAUGCACCCUGGUGGUUAGAAAAUGUACUGACGCGUACGUUUGACCGAACUUUGGUGCGUAGCAAGCGACGAAAGCGAAUUUCUGAGGGACUGAAUUGUGUCGGCAGUCAAGCCUGUAUCCGCCGUACCAAGCAAGAAAGAACAAGGAAUGUGCAUAGUUCAUGCGUUCAGACCGAAAUUGCCUUCAUUUUUAGGUUUCCUCGGUACCUCUAGGACAAGAUUUGGGUGUCAUCUCGUCUUGCAGUUCGAGCGUCACUCUGCUGCGGGAGGUUGAAGAGCAAGUGGUUACUGGGACACCAAAAAAGGCCAACAACUGUGGCUGAUUUUGUUCUGUUGAGGGAAGGUUCCAAUAUGGCUGUCCCUAGUCGCGCGCGCGUCUACGCAGAUGUGAACACACACAGGCCGAGGGAGUACUGGGACUACGAGUCUCAUGUCAUUGAGUGGGGACAACAGGAUGACUAUCAGAUUGUGCGCAAACUGGGCAGAGGCAAGUACAGUGAGGUGUUUGAGGGGAUCAACAUAACUAACAACGAAAAGUGUGUCAUCAAAAUCCUCAAGCCAGUCAAGAAAAAGAAGAUCAAGAGGGAAAUCAAAAUCCUGGAGAACCUCCGAGGAGGAACAAACAUCAUUACCCUGCUAGCUGUAGUUAAAGACCCAGUGUCGAGAACGCCAGCAUUAAUAUUUGAGUAUGUUAAUAACACAGACUUUAGGCAAUUAUACCAAACAUUAACCGACUACGACAUCAGAUACUACUUGUAUGAGCUCCUGAAGGCCCUGGACUACUGUCACAGCAUGGGCAUCAUGCACAGAGAUGUCAAACCUCACAACGUCAUGAUAGAUCACGAAAACAGAAAGCUGCGGCUGAUUGACUGGGGCCUGGCUGAGUUCUACCACCCAGGACAGGAGUACAACGUGAGAGUAGCCUCCCGCUACUUCAAGGGCCCCGAACUGUUGGUGGACUACCAGCAAUACGACUACUCGCUGGACAUGUGGAGUCUAGGAUGUAUGCUGGCCAGUAUGAUUUUCCGGAAGGAGCCAUUCUUCCACGGACAUGACAACUAUGAUCAGUUGGUCCGCAUUGCCAAAGUUCUUGGAACAGAAGAUCUAUACAAGUAUCUGGACAAGUAUCAGAUAGACCUAGACCCCAGGUUCAAUGACAUUCUUGGAAGACAUUCUAAAAAGCGGUGGGAGAGGUUUGUGCACAGUGAGAACCAGCACCUGGUCAGCCCCGAGGCGCUGGACUUCCUGGACAAACUCCUGCGCUACGACCACCAGGAGAGACUAACGGCACGGGAGGCCAUGGAGCAUCCCUACUUCUACCCAGUAGUGAAGGAGCAGGGCCGCAUGCAAUCGUCCAGCCUGGCAGUCAGUUCCCCCACUCCAAAUGCCUCACAGAUGGUGCCAGGAGGCAACUCGUCCUAUCCAGGCGUGGCUGCCACCAACUCCAUGCUGAUUCCGGGCUCCCCCGUGAUCUCGUCCGCGCCGCUGAGCAACUCUGUGCCCCCCGUUGUCACAUCCCCAACACCCACCCAACCAUAGACAGAGAGCAAGUAUGCUAAGCUGGCCCAUCCUGGAGUGAGAUUGGUAACCUAACCGACCCUCUGUCGACGCUCUUUUCUACUGCCAAGUCUGCUCCCAACGAGUUGUUGUUGUUGGAACCACUGUCCAUGCGGGAGGAGUUGUUUGGUUACAGCUGGUUCCGUGCACGAUGUGUUGAAGAAAAAAAAGAAGAGAACUUCCAGAGGAAUUAAAAAAUAACCUCACUUCUUAGAUGAGACAGCCGCAUGCCAGAAAAUAACACGAAAACACAAAAAACAAAUACAAAAUUUCAACCACCCAUUCAAUGCUUGCAAAUCAAUUCAAUUCAAUUCUACCUUGCUUGUUAUACGUACGGGCGACUUUUUUUCUGCGUCGCCUUCUUAUGAUGUACCUACAAGUCACGAGAAAAAAAAAAUUAAGGAUCAAUUCAUCUGUUGUGGGAACUAGCCCUAAAGGUACUGUACAUAUGUGUGCUACAGGAGUAACCUGUAUACGGCUGGGAUGAACAAUAUUGAUACCAGAAACCCAUGUCAUAGCCCAAUAAAAGAUUCUUCUGUAUACUCUUAUGUUAAUAUGAGAAGUUCUGGCCCUGCUUGAGGGUUAGCAAGCCUUGCAGCAUGUGUCUGUCUGCGUAGCCACAGAUUGUAACUGUUUGCUUUUGUGUUAGAUGAAGAGAAGUGUAGGUGGCCAGUAGCUUUGCCAGCCAGACCUAACGUUUCAGGCCUCUUCAUGUUUAUCAUUUUGGUGCUCGGAGAUUAUACGUAGAUGUACUUGGGACUGGAUUAAAGUGAAGAUGUGCUACUACCACAGAGACUGAACAAUAUUGAUCCAAGUACUGCGGUGGUAGGAAAAAGAAAGUGUGACAUGCAUGAUGGUGGACAAGUUGUUGUUUUUAGGUCCAGUUCCUUGCAUGUGAAAAAGUACAAUGCAAGCUUUGCUUUGCUAACAGAUAGAAAUGAGUUUGUGUUGUCUGCCCUACCAUAGUAAUUGCCUAGCAUUUGUAUUACUAUUAGCACCAUCCUUGUGGGCUUAUGUUAUUGUUUUGUAUUAUCAUUAGUGUGUGCAACGGGUGAUAAUUCCUCUACUUUUGUUGUAUCGCAUCUGGCUGUUUAACUACGCUCCUGUGUAGGUAGCAAUCCGUUCAAUCCUAGGUGUUCUUUUACUGAUAACAAGAUGGCUGUGGGUAGUUGUAGAUGCUAAGUUGUCUAACCUGCGCUCUUAAACUGGCCUCUUAGCGGUUGUGAAUUCUCCGCUCAAUUUGCAGCCCCAAGCAUUAAGGUAUCGCUGUUUCGGUUGUUAGUCAUAAUCCUUUUUUUUGGUUUCUUUCGGGGGAUGGAAGUACGAAAAAAAAAGUACCAGGCCUCCACCAAAGCUCUGAGAACCUACUGUUAAAAUCCAGUGCUUUACUGUUGUCAAACUAUGCAUUCAGUUCAAUUGUCAGGCUUCUGGACACUUAGUUGUGUAAAGUAAUGUCUUAUUUAUGGGCCUUGAUGGAGCAUACUGUGAAAGCAGUCUGGCUUUAACUGUAGUUUGUUACAAGUGCACAGACUGUUUAAAAUGUAAAAAUGACACGCCAACACAAAAUUGUCUCAACAUUAAAAUUGACUGUCCAGUUUUCCACAUAUUGACUACAUCUGCUGAAGGAAGCAAAUGCCCAAGCUAUAGCUGUUCACAAACUGCUAAAUUUAAAAUUUGUGCAUUCAAAAAUUUGAAAGGACUAAUGCAAGAUUACAGAGACGGUUGCUUUCUUAUGUUUUUCGUUCUCUCCCCCACAAAUUUCUCCACUACUUUUCACCGUUUGUAAUGUAAGGUUUUCUGUACAGUGGAUUAACCAGAACUGUGUCACAGCUGCAAGACCUGCAUGGUGGGAUGUUUUCUCAUUACUACAUGUACCUUAAGUUUCUUGUAUUAAGUGCAAGAAGAAAUUAAAAGUCAAAAGACCUGUA